CGGCGGCGGCGGGCGGCGGGGCGGGGUGGGGUGGGGAGGGGGCGGCGGCGGGACCAUGAACGCCGAGCGGGACCUGGCGCCGCUGGCGCCCAGCGUGGUGCGGGCGCUGAACGACAAGCUGUACGAGAAGAGGAAGGUGGCGGCCCUGGAGAUCGAGAAGCUGGUGCGAGAGUUUGUGGCUCAGAACAACACGUCUCAAAUCAAACACGUCAUCCAGAUCCUCUCGCAGGAGUUCGCGCUCUCCCAGCAUCCCCACAGCCGGAAAGGGGGACUCAUUGGCCUGGCUGCUUGCUCCAUCGCCCUGGGCAAGGACUCUGGGCUCUACCUGAAGGAGCUGAUUGAGCCCGUGCUGACAUGUUUCAACGACGCCGAUAGUCGGUUGCGGUACUAUGCUUGCGAGGCUCUCUAUAACAUUGUCAAGGUGGCCAGGGGCUCUGUCCUCCCGCACUUCAACGUGCUCUUCGAUGGCCUUAGCAAGCUGGCUGCUGAUCCUGACCCGAACGUCAAAAGCGGCUCUGAGCUCCUCGACCGGCUUCUCAAGGACAUCGUGACAGAGAGCAACCAGUUUGACUUGGUAGGCUUCAUCCCACUGCUGCGCGAGAGGAUUUAUUCCAACAACCAGUACGCCCGCCAGUUCAUCAUAUCCUGGAUCCUGGUCUUAGAGUCUGUGCCUGACAUCAACCUCUUGGAUUACCUGCCAGAAAUCCUGGACGGGCUCUUCCAGAUCCUGGGAGACAACAGCAAGGAGAUACGGAAAAUGUGCGAGGUGGCUCUCGGGGAGUUCCUCAAGGAGAUCAAGAAGAAUCCUUCCAGCGUCAAGUUCGCAGAAAUGGCCAAUAUCCUGGUGAUCCACUGCCAGGCGGCGGAUGACCUGAUCCAGCUGACAGCCAUGUGCUGGAUGCGGGAGUUCAUCCAGCUGGCUGGCCGGGUGAUGCUGCCUUACUCCUCAGGGAUCCUGACCGCUGUCCUGCCGUGUCUCUCCUACGACGAUCGCAAGAAGAACAUCAAGGAGGUGGCCAACGUGUGCAACCAGAGCCUGAUGAAGCUGGUGAUCCCAGAGGAUGAUGAAAUGGAUGAGGCCAAGCAGUCGAUGACCCUCCCAGUAGAGCCCACCUCGGAGGAGUCCCUCUCCAAGCCAGAGGCAGCGUCCAGCGGUUCUCUGGAUGCGUCCGGUGACUCCAACUUCAACAACAGCGGUGUCUUCACAGUAACCAGCUCCGAGAGGAUCCAGGUGACCCUGAACCUGGAUGGGAUAGUUCAGGUGCUGGACUGCCACCUUCAUGACACGUCCAUUGGGAUGAUGACCAGAAUUGCAGUGCUGAAAUGGCUCUACCACUUGUACAUCAAGACUCCUCGUAAGAUGUUCCGACACACCGACAGCCUCUUCCCCAUCUUGCUGCGGACCCUCUCAGAUGAGUCGGAUGAGGUUAUCCUGAAGGACCUGGAAGUGCUGGCUGAGAUCGCUUCUUCCCCGGCGGGACAGACGGAGGAUCACGGUCCCUCCGAUGGCUCCGAUGUGCGACCCGGCCCAGUGGAACUUCACGUCCCAGCCAGGGCCGGCCAGCUGAGCUCCUCUGGUAUGAAGGGCUUGGAGUGCUCACCCUCCACCCCCACCAUGAACUCCUACUUCUACAAGUUCAUGAUCAACCUGCUCAAGCGUUUCAGCAGCGAACGGAAACUCCUGGAGACCAGAGGAGCCUUCAUCAUCAGGCAGCUUUGUCUACUUCUGAACGCGGAAAACAUCUUCCACUCCAUGGCGGACAUACUGCUUCGGGAGGAGGACCUCAAGUUCGCCUCUACCAUGGUCCACACCCUCAACACCAUCCUGCUGACGUCCUCCGAGCUCUUCCAGCUGAGGAACCAACUGAAGGACCUGAAGACCCCGGAAAGCCGUAACCUCUUCUGCUGCCUGUACCGGUCCUGGUGUCACAACCCCGUGACAACCGUGUCCCUCUGCUUCCUUACCCAGAACUACAAGCACGCCUACGACCUCAUCCAGAAAUUCGGGGAUCUGGAGGUCACCGUAGAUUUCCUCACCGAGGUGGACAAGCUGGUGCAGCUCAUCGAGUGCCCCAUAUUCACGUAUCUCCGCCUGCAGCUGCUGGACGUGAAGAACAACCCCUACCUGAUCAAGGCUCUCUAUGGCCUGCUGAUGCUGCUGCCCCAGAGCAGCGCCUUCCAGCUCCUCUCCCACCGCCUGCAGUGCGUGCCCAACCCCGAGCUCAUGCAGACCGCGGACAACACCAAGCCAAGCGCCAGCUUCAAGAGGGCGUCAGCCUCCAACAUCGACUACACGGAGCUGCUGCAGCACUUUGAGAAGGUCCAAAACAAGCACCUGGAAGCCCGGCACCAGCGAGCCGGGAGGGCAGAGCAGCUGGACCGGCGGGUGGUCCUCUGAGCAUCUCCCCCCCACCCCCGGUGGCGUGCACGGUUGCUGGGGCAGGGACCAGGGGACGUGGACCAGGGGACGGGGACACCGGUUGGUGGCCGCCGGAGGAUGCUGCCGGUGGGUUUCAUGGCAGAAGGGAGAUGGGCGAGCGCUUGGCACGGGGCCGGUUCUCCUCCCCGCCGUGCGUGUGGAUGGCGGGGGACCCCCAGGCUGUGCCCGUGGGCAACGUGGGGAGAGGGUUGCAGGAGGAGAGGGCCGGGAUGGGGAGGUGGGGGAGGAAAGCGCUUCGUCUUCUCUUGCAACAGGGUGAGGAAACUCCCCUUUUGCUUUGCUAAUGCCUUCCCCGUGACUGUCAGCUGAGCGCCCAGCCUCCUGCCAGCCAGACCGGAGGGGAAGGGAAGACGGGAGCAACCCCUGGCCUCCCGCCCUGGAAAAAACAAGGAUGCGGGACCGCCGGCUGCCUCUUGCCACCCCAGCUUCCACCCCCGGAGGCUGCCGGCAGCGUCUCGCCCGGGGACUCGCGCUCCUCGUGCGCGGCACUCAGCCCCCUCCCAGCAUCCACGCACCCUCUCUGAGCCCCCAGCUUUUGGCACAGGGGGACAUGGGGGGGCAGCAGACACUCCCAAGCCCCACACUCAAUUCUUUGUUCCUCCGUUAAGCUCCCCACGAUAAAAUAAACGAGCGAUGCAGAGCAGCCCAUUCCUGGUAGCUGGGCUCCCCAUCCUCAUGGAUCCGGCCCCGAAGGGGAGCCAAAAACACUCCGGGGGGAUGGCGUUGGAGCAUCUUGCUCGCCCCCGAGCCCCGGGUUGGCCCAGCCCUGCCACGUUGGCUCGCCGGCCAGCAGGGCUUCUCCGCCUGCUCCUCUUCCCAGCAGGGGGAAUAAAAAAAAAAAAAAACCCCACCGCCAAAAAUUCUUCCAGGCCACGGUCACGAAACCGCGGCGUGGUGACAGGCAUUUUCCUGGCCCCUGCGCAGCCGCCAGCGCUGCCUUUGCCCCCGGCACCCAGGGACCGUCACCGCCGGCGUGUCGCAGGGGGGGUCCGUUGCAUCCCCGGCGCUUUUCAAGCCCUCACCUGAUCCCGGGGAAAAGCGGACUUUGGAGGAAUUUCUGGAGUUUUUAUGGCUCCUGGCCUGUUUACAGCGGAGCCGGGCUCUGGCAGCGGGUUCCCCCAACAGCCCCGCACCGGCGCUGCUUUGGCCGGGAUAAAGACAUUCCUGUCAUUCCCGGGAAAGGGCUUUCCAAACCCGGUCACGGCGGGUUAAUUUUAACAGCCAACCCUUUAGGAUGGGCGAGCGGUGGCUUCCCCGGCCCACCAACUGCUCAGGGUGCUGGGGGGGUGUCCCUGUUCCCUGUCCCCAACCCGCUGAUGGGACAUGGCCGACAUGGGCCGGGGCUGCUGCCGGUUCCAGGGCUCUGCCCAUCGCUCCUGGCGGGAUCGCUGCCUCUUUCCAUGCCAAAGGGACGGGGUUUAUGGCGAGAAAUUCCAGCCGGCUGCCGAAGCGCCGAGCCAUAAUCGUUUCCUUAUGGGUGGCUCUUGACCAGCACCAGGCAGUGCUGCCGGGCUAUCGGGGAUCGGGGCAGCUUUUCUGGCUGUUUUCUGGGAAUAGUCAGCUCCAGCUGAGCCCCGGGGCCCCGACCGAGCAUCGUUUCACCUUCAGGUGCAGCGAGGUGUGUCAGGCCUCAGCCUGGACCACUCAGAUUUCCAGAUGGCGACGGGGAAGGCCUCAUUUGCUGGAAGACCGUGUGUUUCCCGUGGCUCUCUGAGAGCCCUAAGAUAUUUCAGAGCUGCCGUAUAAUUGCCCCAGAGGGCGUUAAACUUCAGCCUGCGCCGAGGCGAUGCCCCGCAACACACCUCAGUGUGCGCCUUCCCCAGGUGAGGAAGGCAGUGGCGGUCAAACAGCCCUUGGAGAGAGACUGAACCGAGCCCUGGCCUGGAGGCAGCAUCCCCCCAGCACCUCCAGGGCUCUGGGGGCUGCCCCUGAGCAUCCCAGUGCAAUCCCGCUGCUGCCCAGCAUCCCCGAGCGCACGCCGGGGCUCCCCACCCCGCACCCCAAGAGCAUCCUCUGGGGGUCCCCUGCUGCCCUGUGAGCUAACCCUUGGGGCUGCCCCCAGCAUCCUCAAGCACCCCUCAGGGCUCCCCACCCAAGAGCAUCCUUUGGGGGUCCUCUGCUGCCCUGUGAGCAAACCUCGGGGCUCCCCCCACCAGUGGGGCUGCCCCCCAGUCCCAGCAUCCCAAGCACCACUCGGGGCUCCCCACCCAACACCCCAAGAGCAUCUUUUGGGGUUCUUCCAGGGCUCUCUGAGCUAACCCCGGCGCUGCCCCCACCAGCAGGGCUGCCCCCCAGUCCCAAGCAUCCCUUGGAGGUCCGCACCCAGCACCCCAAGAGCAUCCUUUGGGGUCUCUCCAGGGCUCUGUGAGCAAAUCCCUGUGCUGCCCCCCAGCACCCCUCGGGGGUCCCCACCCAGCACCCCAAGAGCAUCCUUUUGGGUUCCUCCACUGCCCUGCGAGCUAACCCCGGGGGCUACCCACCCCCCCAGCGGCGUUUCCCCCCAGUGCCGGCACCCCCAAGCACCGCUCGGGGCUCCCUCCGUUGCACGCCUGGGGCUCCCGGAGCUCCUCCCUGCCCCCCCACAGCAGCUCCCGGAGCAUCCCCGCCUCCCGCCC